CCACCGUGUCAUGGUCUUACAAUGGGAUUGCUGAGUCCGCUCAACGCAACUAAAUUACCAAAAUCGGACUCCAAAGUUCGUUUGAGGUUUUUGAAGACGUACACAAAAAGGUGCCUUCACUGCGUGCAUUUUGACAGGAUCGACCUAGAAAUCUGAUUACGGCCGCAUUGUCCGUCCGUUCUGGAUCCAACCCGUACAUCAGAGAAGGGUGGUGCACCGUGAGACGGUUGGCGGUCGGAACCCUCAGUCAGCAUGUCCUUUGCGGGCUUUUCAGAGGCCGACCUCAUCUCUCGCUCGAUCAAGAAACCGACGACCUCGACCCCGCGGCGGGUCAAGUUGCCCGUGAUGAAGCCAUCCGGCGCGGCUCAGCCGCCCAACCCACCCUUGCCCGCAGCGGCUCGAUUGGCGCCGUCGCCUCCACCGCCGCUAGGGGUGGCUCCGAAUGCGACCCAUGGGACUCUCAAUCCGGAUCUGCUCAGUCAUGUGGCAGCCGACGAGGAAAAUUCCUCAGAGCCAUUAAACAGUGCAAUCCCGGCCCCAGAAGCCGGGUUGGUCAGUUCCCAAGGGACGAAAGAAGAGGUGGAAGGUCGUUCCAAAAUCGAGAUAAUGCAGGCCCGUCAAAAGCAAAUGGAGGAGGAAAACAUGAAAAAAAAGCACAUUUUGUCCCAAGCCAUUGCUGAAAGAAAACAAAGAACGUGCGAAGAAACGGAGAAGCUUCAGCGAGCUCAAGCGGAAUUGGGCCAGAUCGACAAGUGUCUCUCGGCGGAUGUAAGGCUAAUUCGCGACGAGAUCGAGACGGCCUCGCUUGAGUUUAUGGAGUCUCAGAAACGUUACGAUCGAGCCGAGAAGGAGUUUGUGAGCGCCAAAUUGAGAUUGCACCAGACCUCGGAGAGGAAAGAGCAACUCACGGAGCAUUUGAUCACGGUCAUCCAGCAAUCCGAAUUGCGGAAAGGCCAAAAACUGGAGGAAAUUAUGCGAGUCUUGGACAUCCGAACGACUUAGAUGCUCGCUCGCCGAAUAUCUCUUCGGCCUACCGGCCUGAAAUGAACACGAAUUUUGCUUGCUGUAACUUUUUGUGAACACCUUUUUACGAGUGUGCCUUUCUUCCGUCUGUGAUAUGCCACCUUAUUCACUGUUAUGUAUAUAGUUUUAUACACACACUUAAAACUAACUUGAUUAAGGAUGAUGAUGUGCCUCAAAUUUUUUAUAAUGAAAACAUGACAAAUUAUUUUAGUAAUAAAAUAAUUCCGAUGAUAGUAGUCGAAUAUA